GUUUUUCACGAUAAAGAAAACAUAAGAAAAAAAAAUGGCAAAAUCUAGAGAAUUGAUGGAAACAAACGCCUGCUUUGCGUGUGUGAAACAUAUAAAGUUAUACAUAUACAUAUACACUCUACGUGAAUGAAUGGCGUGGACGCGUAUGUGCGAUUGCAGCUGUGAAUGAAUUUAUUAUACAGCUGCUGGUGCUACUGCUGCUGGCUGUAUAUACAUAAGACUAGUUUUGGUCGUGUGCGUGCGUGUCUUUUUAAGCGGAAUGGACGUUGCAAUUAGUUAAAAGUACAAAGGAUAUGACCUCAAUUUGGGGUUAUUUUGCUGCUUGUUUCUAAUAAUAAUAACAAUAGCAAAAACAGCAACAACAACAAUUUAAUAGUGAUUGCAAAUCGUUCGUCCUAUGGAUAUAUACGAAAAUAAUAAUAAUAAACUCUUGUUCGAGCAACUUGCGAUAAAUACAACUUGACUGCAAAAUAAAGCGAAUCUCAUGCGGUGGCAUUUACGUAAUCACUGGAAUAUUUAUCAACAGGAAUACAAAUAUUUUUGUGCUGAAAUUGACUGAUUUUAACGCCGUGCAAUUAAAGGCCAUUCCUCACCCACACAUGUUAAACAUAAAAUAGCGGUCGUUAUAAACAAUCACGGAAGGAAGAGAGGAAGAGAGAGAGAGAGAGAGAGAGUUCAUAUCAAAAUAACCUCAACUAUGGCGACUGAUGAGUAGUAAUUUGAAUUUACAUGUAAAACAUAAACAAAAGCAACGGCUCAUGUGGGAAUGGAGAAAACUUAUUAACUAAAUAGGACCAGUAGUAAUUAGAAAGCGCAACAAACCUAAUAACUUUAAUAAUAUGCAACAACUAGCCUUACAUUACGUAAACAAUGUCAUGGAAUGAUUACGCGUUAAAGAUAAAAAAUGUAUUAUACCCAUGGCCCAAUUAUCAGAAUAUUUACAGUUUGUGACACCUGUGAAAUAAUCGCAUAAGAAUUUCCUAAACGUACUUAUAACGAACUGCACAAAGGCUAUUUUAAACUUAGACCGGUUCGUUUCCAGUAAAAUAUUUAUCUAAAAAACAAUAGUAAGCCAAUGUACCCGCACGCCUUAUGAUGAUGAAUCACUAGCACCGUACCAAUGGUAACUCGUUCAACGACAUAUCUAUAAUAAUUAGUUUGAAAGAAAAAGAAAAUCUACACAUAUAUGUAUCUUUGUCUACAACCAAGGGAAUCAACUUGAAUCAAAUUUUGCUGCUGUCUAUGCCUUCCUUCCUUCAAUCUUUCCAUACGUCCGCAUUUCAUUGCAAGUAAAAGCUGUAAUCAAGAAUAAUUGUUGCCUUGUCAAAUUGUUGUCGCCGUCGUCGUCGUCAUCGUCGUCGUUAUAUCCAGUAUUCAACGUAAUAAUGUCGGAUAAUUUUAUUGUCACCUCAACAGCACGCAUACACUAUAGCGAUGAAGUACCUUGUUCUAGCUCCGAUGCUGCUGGGGCUAGUGAGCGACGCAAUGAUUAUCACCGUCAGGAACAUGUAAGCAAAGAAUCCAUUAAUAUUACCCCAACGACCACGCCACACGGUUCGCCGAAACUGAAGCAACGUUUAGCUAAGCACUUAAGCAAGUCUGCUACGGAAUUGAAUGGUCACAAUCAAGCGCCCCGCCUUUCACCGAAGAGAGCAAAAAGUGCAGCUGCACCUCAUAGCACCGCCAGUGUAUUGCAAAAGACUCAAGGGUUCUUCAGUAAUUUAAAACACCGUUGGGGUCGGGCACGCAGCAAGGAUCGUCUAGGCCGUAAAUCACCGAACGAUUUCCUCGAAGAAAGCACUACUGAUUAUGCUGCCGAUUACAGUUCAGAAAGUAGUUCGGUUACACAAAGUCCCCGACAUCGUUCUAAAACUAUAGGUGGCUCACCAUUAGCUAAGGAAUUUAAGGCCACCGCUAAAAUGGCUCAGGUUAUACAGAGAUUUGGUGGCUCCAUGGAAGGACGAAUUGAUGAGGAUCCCGAAAAUGGUAGUAAUGGAAUGGCGACAGCUUCACAUGAACCAUACGUGACGACGACCCAAAUAGAGGCAUUACAGGCUGAAGAAAUACGUCGCAAAAAGGAAGCACAAUUACGUCAAUAUGUCUUCUUUCAGUUGCGCGUUCAUCUCAAAAAUGGCACUGAUUUGAUGGCCAUGGAUAAAAAUGGCUUAAGUGAUCCCUAUGUUAAAAUGAAAAUAGGCGGACGUUUACUUCAUAAGUCACGUACGAUACAUCGUGAUUUAAAUCCUGUUUGGGAUGAAGUGUUCGUUGUCGCUGUUGAAGAUCCUUUCGAACCAAUUAUUGUUAAGGUUUUCGAUUACGACUGGGGUUUGCAAGAUGAUUUUAUGGGUUCGGCGCAAAUUGACUUAACUCAAUUGGAAUUGGGCAAAGCAGAAGAUAUUAAUCUGCAAUUGCAGGAUACCAAUCAUCCUGAACGACAAAUGGGUGAAAUUUUAAUAAACCUGACGUUAUGGCCACGCAGUCAAGAAGAUAAAGAAAUGCAUUUUCAACGUAAUAACAAAUUAGCUGAAUCAUCAAAGCGUUUAAAAUCGCAAAUCUGGAGUUCGGUAGUUACGAUACUUUUAGUUAAAUCUAAAGAUUUACCUUUAGGCGACGAUGGCAGUAAACUCACCGAUGCCCAUAUAAAGUUUAGGUUGGGUAAUGAAAAGUAUAAAAGUAAAUCUUCGUGGACGGAACGGUGGUUGGAACAAUUCGAUUUGCAUUUGUUCGAUGAGGAUCAAACGCUUGAGCUGUCUCUAUGGAAUCGUAAUAAUUUAUAUGGCAAGGCUUCAAUAGAUUUAAGUGGUUUCCAACGUGAGACUACUCAUGGCAUAUGGAAAUCUUUUGAAGACUGUCCCGGCGAAGUGUUCCUCAUGCUUACCAUUAGCGGUACGACUGCUCUAGAGACUAUUAGCGAUUUGAAAGCAUUCAAAGAAGAUCCCAGGGAAUUGAAAUUAUUACGAGAUCGUUAUCGUUGGCAUCGUUGCUUACAACAUCUAAGAGAUAUUGGACAUUUAACGGUAAAAGUAUUUGGCGCAACAGGUUUGGCGGCAGCAGAUAUUGGCGGUAAAUCAGAUCCCUUUUGCGUUUUGGAAUUGGGUAACGCAAGACUGCAGACACAAACGGAAUAUAAAACGUUAACCCCAACAUGGAAUAAAAUUUUUACAUUUAAUGUUAAGGAUAUCACCCAAGUGUUGGAGAUUACCGUUUACGAUGAAGAUCGCGAUCAUCGGGUAGAAUUUUUGGGUAAAUUAGUGAUACCCUUAUUGCGUAUAAAAAAUGGUGUUAAACGCUGGUAUACGCUGAAGGAUAAGAAUUUGUGCGUACGAGCCAAAGGCAUGUCACCGCAGAUUUUAUUGGAAAUGACUGUAGUAUGGAAUGAAUUGCGAGCCAUUUGCCGUGUACUGCAACCCAAAGAAGAAAAACUCAUCCAACAAGAGGCUAAAUUCAAAAGACAAUUAUUUUUACGUAACGUUAAUAGACUGAAAGUGAUUAUCAUGGAUAUAUUAGAUGCCGCCAAAUAUGUACAAAGUUGCUUCGAAUGGGAAAGUCCCUUACGGUCGUUUAUAGCUUUUACUUUAUGGAUUCUAGCUUGUAUUUAUGGUAAUUUGGAAACCAUACCUUUGGUAUUAUUACUUAUUAUAAUCAAAAAAUGGUUAAUACGCCUUAUAACCGGUACGACAUCCGAUCCAGCCAGCGGUGGCUAUGAUUACGAUUACGAUGACGAUGACGAUGAUGAUAAAGAGAAAGAAGAAAAAAAAUCUAUUAAGGAACGCUUGCAAGCCAUACAAGAAGUUUCUCAAACAGUACAAAACACCAUUGGCUCUUUGGCUUCUUUAGGUGAAAGUACCAAAAAUACUUUUAAUUUUUCCGUCCCCGAAUUGACCUGGUUAGCUGUUGUCCUACUAAUAGUCGCUAUAAUAGUAUUACACUUUAUUCCCAUACGCUUUCUGCUGCUCUUUUGGGGAAUUAUGAAAUUCUCUCGACGGAUACUGAGACCCAAUACGAUACCGAAUAAUGAAUUAUUGGAUUUCUUAUCGCGAGUACCGAAUGACGAGGAACUGAAUCAAUUCCGUGAACUACCACCUACUGCAGUAACUGACACAACGCGCAACAAUCCAAAAAAGAAAUAUAAAGCUUCAUAGUCCACGGCUUACGAUGACUUUGCAUCCACAUCAGCAUUUCAUGGCGACGAAUCGAAUAAAUUAACGGGCUCUCUAACUAAGGCCGCUGCUAAUAUAUCCUCGAAGUCUAUGCGCAAUGUCUCGCAAUUAAUCAAAACAAGUAGUAACACUCUAAGGAUGACAGCACGUAGAAAAUUUCAUCUAAAUGAAGAAAUGAUUACGUAAUUAUUUGAAAACAAAAACAAAAGCACUUCUAACAACACAUGACUGUAAAUACACUAUUCUUUAGUCUUCGGAAAUCAUAAACGCAACAAAAAACCCGUGAAACGUACUUUAAAAAUUUAAUAAUUAAUUAAUUGUUUUAAAGAAUUGUUGUUCUGGAUAGUAGACCAGCAUUAUCUCAAAUGUAUUCGAAAAGCAAUAAGACUAAGUUUUCUUCGACUAUCACAAUGCCGCGCAUUACAAAUUUCUUCCCUCAGGCCAAACUAUUUUCAGAGAGUACUCUUUGAGCUGGAGUAGUUUGCAUUCAACUAUUCGCCAGAUGUUUGGGCAGAGCACUGAAAAGCAAAAAAAAAAACAGUUUCCGCGCUCUAUAAGAGUACGUGUACGUGGCUGAAAGUCUCCAUUAUUGUAUACAGCACAACCACCCGCAGAAUAUAUAAAUGCAACCUUCUUCGUUGUUUAAAAGUAACGAGCAGAGAACCAAACCAAAAAGUUUGAAACCAGAAAUGGUCUUAGGUCAUGUCAGGUCAGGUUACGGCCGUGUCGUUUGACCGGUUUGACCUAAUUUCAAUAGCAGCCUGCGCGCAAAAACUUGCUAUGAGCUGAAUUUGAGGCAGAUUGCUGCAUUUUUGCAGGAGAGAAGAGAGGAGAGAAGAGCAGUCAAACAGACAGGAAGGCAAGCAUGGAUGGACUGACAUACGGACAAACGGGCAUAAUGUGGAUGAAGAGACCGAUGAAAGGGGAGACGGACAUGCUUAAAUUGGUUUAGAAUUUGAUGCUGAUCAAGAACUUAUGCUACGUUACGGCAUUCUUUGAGGUUUCUUUCUGGAUGUUGCAAACAUUAGGACAAAGUGUAUUCACCUCUCAUCCUUCGGUGAUAAGUAUUAUAACUGUUUUGAAAAAAUCCGCACUUUUUAAGAACAAAAGGAGAAAAACUCUUAUUACUUUUCGAGCACAGCACUAUGCAUAUGUAUUAAAUGAUCAAUUUUUAAGCUUUAUCUGGAUUUGUAUAAAUAGCGUAUAUAAAAAAGCAGAACUUAUCUUAACAUUUUGUGAUAUUUUUCAAGAAUUCCUUCAAAUUAAUUUUUUUUUUUUUUGUUUUUUCUAAUGAAAAUAAAUAUUAUAUAAUGACUUGAAAUAUUUUUUUUUCUUGUAAUAAUAUAAUAAAUUAUCUAAAAGGUUCAAAUUUACCUUCCCAAUGUGUACUUCCCAUGUUAAUGUUCACUCAUUUUUUAAUAAACAGAUAUUAAGCUCUAUUCAUUUUUAAAUAUCUAUAUAUUUGAUAAGUUAUUGCUUAGUUAGUUAUGCGAAUGAAAUUCCGUAGUGUACACAAAUGUACCUAAAAUUGAUAUUACGUAAUAUGUCAAUGAAUACUUACGAAAACGUUUAAAACGAAAAAUUAUAUAUUUGUAAAUUAAUUCAGAAAUUUAUUUAAA